GCAGAAAUGAGCAACCCUCGGCCAUUGCAAGAGGAGAGGUAUGACAUGUCAGGCGCCCGCCUGGCCCUGACGCUGUGUGUCACUAAAGCUCGGGAAGGUUCCGAGGCAGAUCUGGAUGCCUUGGAGCGCAUGUUCCAGCAGCUGGGAUUUGAGAGCGCUGUGAAGAGAGACCCCACUGCCCAGCAAUUCCAGGAAGAGCUGGAGAAGUUCCAGCAGACCAUAGAUGCCUGGGAAGACCCGGUCAGUUGUGCCUUCGUGGUCCUCAUGGCUCAUGGAGAUGAGGGCGCCCUCAAGGGAGAAGACGAGGAGAUGGUCAAGCUGGAGGACCUCUUUGAGGUCCUCAACAACAAGAACUGCAAGGCCCUGAGAGCCAAACCCAAGGUGUACAUCGUGCAGGUUUGCCGAGGAGAACACAGAGACCUUGGUGAGACAGUGGGUGAAGACCAGAUGAUGAUGAUCACCAGAGACAGCCCCCAGACCAUCCCCACAUACACAGACACACUCCACGUCUACUCCACAGUGGAGGGUUACAUAGCCUACAGACACAACCAGGAAGGCUCCUACUUCAUCCAGACCCUGACCGACGUGUUCGUGAACAGGACGGGCCCCAUUCUGGAACUUCUGACUGAGGUGACCCAGCGGAUGGCAAAAGCAGAGGUGUCCCAGGAAGGCAAAGUGAGAAAAGUGAACCCUGAAAUCCAAAGCACCCUCCGGAAACAGCUCUACCUGCAGUAG